CUGGUGUAUCUGUAUUGUACGAAUAGGCGCGCGGGCAAUAUGCCAUGCAGUACCGCAGUCAGCAGCAGCAGCAGCCGAGCAUCAAGGUAAGGGCAACAAGCGGUGUCGGGACCUUGGGGAGGAAUGGCGCUACCGAGGCGCUAUCUAAGCCUGGGCGCUGCCAGCUGGAGUGUCAGAGCAUGCAUAGCACGGUCUGCCAAUUGCAUUGGAGGUGAGAAACGGCUUGUUGGAUGGGAUGAUUGUUGGUGGCCGGUAUUGCCCGUGGGCCGGGUAGGGUUACUGUUGGAUCAUGAUGUUGAUGGCCCUAAUUUUUUUCCCCCUUCGAUCAACAGAGAUGUCCCCAGGAAGGGUUUAGCUGAUAUCCGUACUGUGGCCGUUGGGAGAUGGGAGAUGGGUACUGCCCUCGUCCUUGCGCGUCCUCGUUGUUGUUGUCCGGGGGUAGUGAGAUUCAAAAUUGGUUCGGUCUAAGUAUAUCUGACACGUACCUAAUUACUACGUUCACUACCUCGGAAACCGAGUAACACUCAGCAAUGACACACAGAGAUCCACACACGGCUGAGUCUCGCUGCACUGAAUUGAUUUGAGGCCGGAAAACAGCAAAGUAGGGUAAGAAAAUGUGAGAGCGUCAGUCAAUGAUCCCGGAAGACGGAAGUAUGGAUUUUGGUGAGCUGGUGAACUGCAAAAUGACCCCUUGGACCUUGGCGCAGGUCGACGAGGACACGAUGCAGGCGGAUGUAAAAAAGGAAUGGCACAGCAUGGUGCUGUAAGCGUUGGUGGCGGGGAAAGAAGGGAAAUGAAGUUGGAGUUGGAAGUCCAGAGUCGGGAGUCGGGAUAUGGGGAGAGGAAGGAGAGAG